AUGAACGGGACUGUGGUCAAAAAGACCCAGGAUACCCUAGGGAAAGUAAUAAAGAAACCGCCUUUAACAGAGAAAUUACUUAGCAAACCGCCGUUUCGUUACCUGCACGACAUAUUCAGUGAGGUGAUCCGCACCACAGGCUUCAUGAAGGGACUUUAUGGAGAUGCAGAGCUGAAAUCAGAAAAUGUCAAGGAUAAAGACUCAAAGAUAGCCUUCCUGCAGAAGGCCAUCGAUGUGGUGAUGCUGGUUAGCGGAGAGCCCCUGUCAGCCAAGCCGGCCCGCAUCGUGGCGGGACACGAACCAGAGAAGACCAACGAACUUCUCCAGGCUAUUGCCAAGUGCUGCCUUAACAAGUUGUCGAGUGACGAGGCGGUGAGACGGGUCUUGGCAGGAGACAAGGUGGAGCUGAAGGGCAAGGCCAGCACGUCUAAGUCUCAGGACAAAGAGAACAGAGAGGUGAGACUUGAGAAAAGGGAGAUUAAAGAGAGCAGCGCGGGUCAAGAUCAGAAGGAGUCGGGCCAGGCCAGGGACCAGGAGGCGCGGAGGAGGGAGAAAGACAGACACAGGGACGGAGAGAGGGUUGAGAAGAGACAGGACAGGGACAGGACGAAAGACCGCGACCAGGACAAGGAGAAAAGUCGCGACCGGGACAAAGACAAGAGUCAAGAGAAAGACCGCGAACGGGAGAAGGACAAAAAGAGAGACAGGGACCGAGAGAGAGACAGAGAGAGGGAUGGCGAUAAAGACAGAGAGAAGAACAGAGAGAGGAACAGAGAGAAAGAUCACGACCACGAGAAACGGCGGGAGCGAGAAAAAGACAGAGAGAAGGAGAGAGAACGACACAGAGAAGAGAAGGUGAAGGAGAGAGGCGAUGGAAAGCUGAAAGGGACAGAGGAGAGCAGUAAACAGAAGACUCAUGCAGAGGCCCCCAGUAAAAAUCAUAAGCCUGAAACAGAGCAUGUGAGCCCUGUGAGAAUACCCAGACCGUCCUCUGCUAAAGGCCAGAGACGCCAGCCCAAACCUGGAGGACAAGGUACACAGUCAGAUGAAUCUGACAGCGAUGCAGAGGGUAAGACAGCAACGACAGAGAAGCCCGUUCACCUGGAGAAUGGUGAAGUAGUGCCACACCAAACAGCCAACAGGAGGGCCCCACGGCCAGGCAGCGCCCGUCCUGCUCCUCCUAGAGUCAAGAGACAAGAGAGCUACACAGACGUGACCUCCGCCGAAAGGCAGGGCAGUGCCAAAGCUCCGUCAGCCGUGAUCGUGGAGGGAAAGAAGGAUGAGGAGGAGGAUGGAGACGACCUGUUUGUGGUGGAGGAGUCAGCUGUGCCUGAGAUGGAGGUGAGGAGAGCCGCUGGGCCUUCCAUUGAACUACAAGGUGAUGAAAAGCAUGGUGGGCUUGUCACAAAAAUCCUGGCAACCAAGAAGGACUUUGAAUCAACACCUUCAUCUCCAAAGUCAAAAGACCAAGACUGGCUGCUGGAGUCUAAAACGGCUCUUAAGAAGGAGCGGGAGAUGGUGAUUAGGGAAAUCGAGCACUUACGCUCGGGCAUCCAGACCGUGUGUAGCAGUGCUCUUCCCAUGGGCAAGAUCAUGGACUACAUCCAGGAGGACGUGGACGCCAUGCAGAAGGAACUGCAAACCUGGCGCAAGGAGAACGAAGAACACGCACAAGCCCUGCUUCAGGAGCAGAGAAUCACGGAAAGUACGGUGGAGCCCCUGAAAGCCCAGCUGUCUGAGCUGGAACAGCUCAUCAAAGAAGAGCAGGACAAGAUCUGUGCUCUCAAGGGCAACAUCUGGAGGAACGAGCAGAAGAUCCAGAAGAUGUUGUCCAGCAUCAACUCCAACUCCUACACAUAAAGGAG